CAGGAGUUCCGCUAGAAGGAGGGCUUGAACCUCCGACCUUGUGGUUAACAGCCACACGCUCUAACCAACUGAGCUAUUCCAGCUUCGUAUUAAUCAGACUACAAAAUUAAGUCAGAAUUUCGAGGUUUCCUUGCAUUACGCAGGAAGGACCCAAUGGAUAUUAAAAAUUCAGAAAUAAAUACCCAUCAAUCUAACCGAAUUUAAAAAAGCCCAGUCUAACUCAGAAUAUUGGAUCCCUAAAGGCCUAAAACAUCCCAUAGCAAAAGGUUUCAAGUUCUGAGCAAUGGAGCCAACAAUGCAGUCAUAGAACUCCUACCUUUCAUCUCUCCAUUGUGCAGUUUCCAGUGCUUUUCCCUCCAUCCACACCCACACUCACACACACAGGGUUCUUUCAGAACAUUCUAGAACUUGUACACACAGUGAAAGCAUUCAAAUAGCUGCUGCCCAGAACUUGGAUUGGUUUCUUUUUUCUUUUUUGAAUUCAAUAAGGUUAGGCAACCAUGGAUUCAACAUCCCCAAACCAACAACGUCGGCCAAUCUCCAUCAAGCUUUGGCCUCCUAGCCAAAACACACGGAAAACGCUGGUGGAGCGGAUGACAAACAACCUUUCAGAUCCGAGCAUUUUCUCUCGCAAGUAUGGCAGUCUCAGUAGGGAAGAAGCUUCGAAGAGUGCUCAACACAUCGAAGAGUUUGCUUUUGCAUCAGCCUCUCAACAUUAUGAAAGGGAGCCUGAUGGUGAUGGAAGUUCUGCAGUGCAGCUAUAUGCCAGGGAAUGUAGCAAGCUCAUCUUGGAUGUUCUUAAAAAGGGACCACUGCCUGAGGACGCCGGUGAUCUGAAACCUAAGCUAGUUGUUGCUGAAGACAAAACCUUUUUCGAUAUUUCUAAAGGGCAUAGGGCCUUUAUUGACGCAAAAGAAGCUCAGGAACUCCUGAAACCAUUGAGUGAACCAGGGAAUUCCUUUACGAAAAUAUGUUUCAGCAACAGAAGCUUCGGCAUUGAUGCUGCCGAAGUUGCAGCGCCUAUACUCUCAUCGAUCAAAGAUCAACUGAAGGAAGUUGAUUUGUCUGAUUUUGUUGCAGGAAGACCUGAGGCAGAUGCUCUUGAGGUUAUGAACAUGUUUUCAGCUGCUUUGGAGGGUUCUAUUUUGAAGUCUUUGAAUCUUUCAGAUAAUGCCCUGGGUGAAAAAGGAGUUAGAGCAUUUGGGAAGCUCCUGAAAUCACAAACUAGUUUAGAAGAAUUGUAUCUGAUGAAUGAUGGGAUAUCUGAGGAGGCUGCACGUGCUGUUUGUGAGUUAGUUCCUUCAACUGAAAAGCUUAAAGUUCUUCAGUUUCAUAAUAAUAUGACUGGAGAUGAGGGUGCUAGAGCCAUUGCAGAAGUUGUGAAGCGUUCUCCUCUACUCGAGGCUUUCCGCUGUUCUUCCACCAGGGUAGGGUCUGAAGGAGGCAUUGCCUUGUCCAAAGCUCUUGAGACUUGUACUCAUCUAACAAAACUUGAUGUGCGGGACAACAUGUUCGGCGUGGACGCCGGCAUUGCCCUGAGUAAGGCUGUUUCUUCAUUUGAAAAUCUUACCGAGCUUUAUUUGAGCUACCUUAACUUGGAAGAUGAGGGGACAAUUGCAAUAGCUGAUGCACUGAACAGUACAGCCCCUGCACUUGAAGUAUUAGAGUUGGCUGGAAAUGAAAUAACAGCCGAAGGUGCUUCUUCACUAGCUACCUGCGUAGCUGCAAAGCAGCACCUUACAAAGUUGAUUUUGGCAGAGAAUGAACUUAAAGAUGAUGGCGCAAUUAAGAUUGGCAAAGUUCUUCUGGAUGGUCAUGACAAAUUGAAGGAAGUUGAUCUUAGCACGAAUGCUUUGAGAAGAGUUGGUGCUAGGACGAUAGCUCAGUCUGUGGUGAACAAGCCUGACUUUGUGUUACUAAAUUUGAAUGGUAACUUCAUCUCUGAUGAGGGCAUUGAUGAGCUGAAAGACAUGUUCAAGAAAUUCCCUGAAAAGCUGGCGCCUGUUGAUGAUAAUGAUCCUGAUGGAGAAGACGACGACGGCGACGAGGAAGGUGACAAGGGAUCUGGAGAUGAAGGCAGUGGAGAUGAAUUGGACACAAAGCUGGGAAAGCUUGAUGUCAAGGACGAGGAAUAGAUAUUUGCUCUCUAUUCCUAUCUCUACUAGAUUAAAUCAUUGGCUUUGCUAUUAGCAUGGGACUUUAUGGCUCUGCUUAUAGUUGAUGCUAGCAGUCUUUUCGGUUGUAGUUUGUUCUUUUCAUGUACUCAGAAACCUCCAUCAUAGUUCUAUUAACCUAUGCUGGAAUUCAAGUAGUUGUUGUCUUAGCUUUGUGUUGUAGUUGGGCAAUGCUGGAUUGCUACAAUUCUGGCUCGACUUUCCGCACUAUACUAUGAAAUUUGUGGGCGUCUUUCUGCCCCUUGCCUGCCAUUUCGGUCGUAAUUGCAGCCAUAUUUUUGAACUUCUAAUGCGGCUUGGACUUCUCUACAAGCAUACUUUUCAUACUUUUGACGCAGUUUGUUAUAACCUUUUGGCACGGUUUUGUUUGGCUCUGAAAUGGUUUCUUCAUCCACAGUUUUGUUUGGCUGUCUACUACUUUGAUAUUUGAAUUGAUCUUUUUUUUGCUUGGCUGCUCCACCAGGUUCAGCAAUCAGUAGACUCGUUUUCGUUUUGU